UUCAGAGAGUGGGUUAAUUGAUUCAGAAAAAUAAUUGGUGGUUUCCAAAUACCGGUAAGUUGAAUUUGAGAGAUGGGGUUGGGAAGGGGUGAUUUGUCAGGCGGAGAGAGCAUGAGCACGAGCACGAGCACGAGUAGUAGCGAGGCUUCCUUGCCACGAAGAUUCCCACUGGCAGCACAGCCUGAGAUAAUGAGAGCUGCCGAGAAGGACGACCAAUAUGCCUCUUUCGUCUAUGAUGCCUGUCGCGAUGCUUUCCGCCACCUCUUUGGUACAAGGGUUGCUGUAGCUUAUCAGAGGGAGGUGAUUUUCAACUCUCAAAGCUUUUCAUUUCAAACUUCUUCAAAAUCAUUUCAAAAUUCACAAGUUCUCUAAAACGAUUUUUACAAC